GAGGUGUUUCCUCCUCCUCAGUGUGGGGCAGCUGCUGGCUGGGCUGCCUGUUGAGUCAGCCUUCUUCCCUCACGGCUCUUCUCCCCGUCCCUGAAACUCGGCUGCCAGGGGAGCUGGAGCCACCUGCGAAGGUGUCCUCCCAUACUGGACCCCUACAGGAAGCUACGUGUGCCCAGCUGGGGCACAGCCCCAGCCGAUGCCCCAGAGGGGCCACCCAUCUCAAGAGGGGCUUUGGGCUCUGCCCUCCCUCCCCAUGGCGCAUGGGCCAAAGCCUGAGACUGAAGGACUGUUGGACCUCAGCUUCCUGACGGAGGAGGAGCAGGAGGCCAUUGCUGGCGUCCUCCAACGAGAUGCCCGCCUGCGCCAGCUGGAGGAGGGGCGGGUCAGCAAGCUCCGGGCCUCACUGGCAGACCCUGGGCAGCUGAAGAUCCUGACGGGGGACUGGUUCCAGGAAGCACGCUCCCAGCGGCACCACAAUGCCCAGUUCGGCUCUGACCUUGUCCGAGCGUCUAUGCGCAGGAAGAGGAGUGCCAGGGGAGACCAGGCUCCAGGCUGCGACAGGGAGGCUGAGGCUGCUGUGAAAGAGAAGGAAGAGGGGCCAGAGCCCAGGCUCACCAUUGAUGAGGCCCCUCAGGAGUGGCUCAGGGAGACUGAGGGACCUGAUUUCCCAUCGCCUUCUGUGCCCCAAAAGGCUUCAGAUCCUGAGGAGGCGUCCCAGGCCCAGGAAGAUCCUGGCCAAGGAGACCAGCAGGUCUGUGCCGAGGAGGCGGACCCGGAGCUGGAGCCCGCGUCGUGGGGAGGGCAGGAGCCGCGGCCCCCGCAAGCCCAGGUAGGCGGGAGUGGCCCGUGGCUGCUCUCAACAUCUGGAGCGGACUCCGGGCGGGGAGCGCUCCUGCCCAGGGCUGCGAACCGCCCGCGACCCAGGGCGCUCGGGGCAGGGGCGGGGAAAGAAGGGGCGCCCCGUCACUUGCCCCCUCUGCAGACCAAGGCCGCGUGCCAGAUCCUGGAGAACGGGGAGGAGGCCCCGGGGCCCGACCCCUCACUCGACCGCAUGCUCAGCAGCAGCUCCUCCGUGUCCAGCCUUAACUCCUCCACGCUGAGCGGCAGCCAGAUGAGCCUGUCAGGCGAGGCGGAGGCGGUGCAGGUCCGCGGCUCCGUGCACUUCGCGCUGCACUACGAGCCGGGCGCCGCCGAGCUGCGCGUGCACGUGAUCCAGUGCCAGGGCCUGGCCGCCGCCCGGCGCCGCCGCUCGGACCCCUACGUCAAAAGCUACCUCCUCCCGGAUAAGCAGAGCAAGCGCAAGACGGCGGUGAAGAAACGGAAUCUGAAUCCGGUUUUCAACGAGACUCUCCGGUACUCCGUCCCGCAGGCCGAGCUCCAGGGCCGCGUGCUGAGCCUGUCCGUGUGGCACCGCGAAAGCCUGGGUCGCAACAUCUUUCUGGGCGAAGUUGAAGUGCCCCUGGACACGUGGGACUGGGGCUCUGAGUCCACCUGGCUCCCCCUGCAGCCCCGGGCGCAGGACUGCCCCCGAGCGGGGAGCUGCACUUCUGGGUGAAGGAGGCUCGGGACCUCCUGCCGCUGCGGGCAGGAUCCCUGGACACUUACGUACAAUGGUGAGGAGUGCUGGCCCUCCGGGCUUCCCCCCCAUCUUUUGCCUGCAGUGGAGUGCCCAACCUCGACAAACCCCUACUAAUCAACGAUCACGCAGCCUGGGCUUUCACCACUGAGCAGGGAUGAAGGGGACGGUUUGAGCAAAGGCCUGGAGUGAGGAAAGUUGAGGACGCCUUUGAGGGGCUGCAUUUCAGCGUGACUGGCGCCUAUAGGACUUGUUGAAAAGCUGAGGCUGAGGGCUGCAAGGGUCCUUCCAUAGAGAACCUGGGAGGCCAGGCUGUGGGGCUUGGCCGGGAACUUACAGUUCAGUGUAAGCUUCCAGGGGACUUCUAGGGGUGCCUCCAGGUGCUGCCCCUACUCUUAGAGAGUGAAAUGGAGGUAGGCGGAUCACUUCUGGGUGUCCACCCUGAUGCAGCCAGAGGCUGCAGUACAGAGGUACUGUACUUCUGAGCAACACUGUAUUUUGCAGAGGGGGUUCCCAGGCUUUGAAAACCUUGGAAACAGGCCAGGCAUGGUGGCUUAUGCCUGUAAUCCCGGCACUUUGAGAGGC